AAAUAAUAGAAUAACAUUAGAUACAAACAAAUUAACGAAAGUGAGAGAGUAUCAGAUGAUCAUGUGGAGAAGUUUGUUUUCGGUAUCUGUCGAAUCUUCCUUCUUUCCAUUUUUUCUUGUCAACAUUUAUUAUUUAUUUUUGUUUGGUCGGCCAUUUGUGUCCAAAAAUAAAAAUACGAAAAAACAAGUAUUUUUCACUUUGCUCAAGACCAUCUCUGCACAUGAAGUUAUGAACUAAGUGAGACCAGAAGAACUUCUUUCGAUCGAUUUCUACAGUGAUUCUGUUUGCUCAAGACUACAACUUUGUGUACUUUCUCUUUCAACGAGCUGUGUAUCGUGUACUUCAUGGUGUGUUCCUCUGCUUCUGAUUGAGAUUGAAUCUCCUGUGGUUUUUCAGUUGCUCCGGUGAUCGGCUCCGGUGGAUUGAAAUUUCAAAGCUUUUCCUAAUUUCUUGGAGUCUACAGAUUUCAAAGUUUCUGGGUUACUACCAAAGUAGAAUCUCAGUUUUUGUCUAAGCUAAUCAGAUUUCUGCGAUUCUGAUUGUUAACUAAUCCAAGAACGAUCGAUGGGGGUUUAAAGUUGAAUUUGGGUCUAGAGGAGGAACUUGUUUUGUUUUUGUGAAGAAUCAGACUUUAAAAGAAAUGGGAGAAGGAGAAGAAAAUGGAAAUGAAGCAGAUUCAAAUGAGAGAUCUUUGGCAUUGUCACCUACUUGGUCUGUUGCUAUUGUCUUGACUGUUUUCGUUGUUGUUUCUUUGAUCGUUGAGCGCUCCAUUUAUCGUCUCAGCACUUGGUUGAGAAAAACAAAGAGGAAACCUAUGUUUGCUGCAUUAGAGAAGAUGAAAGAAGAGUUGAUGCUGCUUGGCUUCAUUUCACUUCUAUUAACAGCUACCUCAAGUACAAUAGCCAAUAUAUGUGUCCCUUCAAGUUUCUACAAUGACAGAUUUCUUCCGUGUACACGAUCUGAGAUCCAAGAGGAGCUCGAAAGCGGUUCAACUGUCAAGCGGAAUCUUUUAACAAAAUCCCUCUUUUUCAACAUCUUUAGGAGAAGGUUGGAUGUCAUAAAACGAACCACCUGCAGCGAGGGGCAUGAGCCGUUUGUUUCAUAUGAAGGCCUUGAACAGUUGCAUCGCUUCAUCUUUAUAAUGGCAGUUACUCAUGUAACUUAUAGCUGCUUGACCAUGCUCCUUGCAAUCGUCAAGAUUCAUAGUUGGAGGAUAUGGGAAGAUGUAGCUCGUCUAGAUAGACACGAUUGCUUAACUGCGGUGGCACGUGAAAAAAUAUUCCGAAGGCAAACAACGUUUGUCCAGUAUCAUACAUCAGCACCUCUGGCCAAGAAUAGAAUUCUUAUAUGGGUGACAUGUUUCUUCCGGCAAUUCGGACGUUCUGUUGAUCGUUCUGACUAUCUUACUCUCCGCAAAGGAUUCAUUGUGAAUCACCACCUCACAUUAAAGUACGAUUUUCACAGCUACAUGAUUCGUUCUAUGGAAGAAGAGUUCCAAAGGAUCGUUGGUGUGAGUGGGCCGCUUUGGGGUUUCGUAGUUGCUUUCAUGCUCUUUAACAUAAAAGGAUCAAAUCUUUACUUCUGGAUAGCGAUUAUUCCUGUAACCCUUGUUCUUCUGGUUGGUGCUAAGUUGCAACACGUAAUAGCAACUUUGGCAUUGGAGAAUGCCGGGUUAACCGAGUAUCCUUCCGGAGUAAAGCUGAGACCUCGAGAUGAACUUUUCUGGUUCAAUAAACCAGAACUACUCUUGUCCCUUAUCCAUUUCAUUCUGUUUCAGAAUUCUUUUGAACUGGCUUCGUUCUUCUGGUUCUGGUGGCAGUUUGGGUACAGCUCUUGCUUCCUUAAGAACCAUUACCUUGUUUACUUCAGACUUCUUUUAGGGUUUGCUGGACAGUUUCUAUGCAGCUACAGUACACUGCCACUAUAUGCACUAGUCACUCAGAUGGGAACGAACUAUAAAGCGGCUCUUAUACCUCAGAGAAUAAGAGAGACGAUUCGCGGUUGGGGUAAAGCAACGAGAAGGAAAAGAAGGCACGGGUUAUAUGGCGAUGAUUCAACAGUUAGAACAGAAACAAGCACAAUUGCAUCACUUGAAGAAUAUGAUCAUCAAGUGCUUGACGUUACUGAAACUUCUUUCGAACAACAACGGAAACAACAAGAACAAGGUACUACUGAGCUUGAGUUGCAACCAAUCCAACCUCGUAAUGAUUGUGUACCCAAUGAUACUUCAAGUAGAGUCGGAACACCUCUUCUUCGACCUUGGCUCUCCAUUUCUUCACCAACAACGACCAUAGAGUUGAGAUCAGAACCUAUGGAAACACUCUCGAGAUCGUCUUCCUUGCCAAGUGAGAAGAGAGUCUGAAUAUAAAUAAGUUCGUAGGAGUAACAGUAGAAAACAAGUAUGUCUCGAUGAACAUAGAUUGAAAACUUACAUCAAUCAAGUGUUAGCAACACUAAUAUUUGUAUGUGCUCUACAAAAAAAUUAUAUUGCAAUAUUGAGAAACAUUUAAAUUUGUUAGAACCAAAACCAAAUCUUACCUUUUGUUUAAGCUAAGAUUUAU